UGUAGCUGAAAGGAUCCGCAACAAUCAGUAUCAAACAUUGCAAGCUCAUGUAAGAUUUGUUAAUGUUUUGAACUUUUAUAAUUAAACUUAUAAUUGAACUAAUGUGGAACGAAGGCAACAACAAGGCCAAUAAUCAUCCUCAUAUUUUGGACUAAAGUGUCGUGUGGCUUAAAGAUGAGAGCCAUGUGUAAUCAUCGUCAUUAAAUAAAACGAGAAGCCCACGAUAACUUAACCUAACAUGACGAUCAAUCCAUGGAAUUUCACGUAUAUGUAUACGAUAAUUAUUGAAGAUUUAAAAAUCUGUAAAUGUAAUUUAAAUCUGUAAAGUUGUUUACAAUUACACAAUGAAUACGACACCUCCCAUUAAACCCCCGCGAGGAAUCAAGCCAACGAAAGAAACGAGCGGUUUGUUGAUCUCGGUAAUUCGUGCUCUGUCAGCAAGUGAGACAAACGAGCAGCGCGAUACGGAGAAGGCUAAAUUGGAAAAAGAGUACAAACGAAGUGAUCAACGACUGGAAGAAUUAGUCUCGUCGCACGAUCAGGAUCUUAUGGAAGUUAUGCAAAUAUUCAGUGCACUAUCCGAGAAGGUUACAUCAUCGCGGGAAAAGAUUCAUGCGGUCAAAGAGAAUCUGAACGCCUGUAAGCAAUUGCUAAGGUGUAAACGAGAAGAAUUGUUAAACUUGUGGUUAGAAGGAAUCGAGCACAAGCAAGUUUUACAUCUCUUAAAGGAUGUAUCGGCAGACUCAUGUGGACGCAUACCUUUAACAGAGCCGGAAUCGUUAAUAUUAUCUAACGUAGCACAUGAACCUACAGUAGAAUAAUAAAAAUUCUAUAUAUAUCUUAUGGAUAACCUAUAUUAUAUAUCUUAUAGAUAAUAAUUAAAAAGUUAUUAACCUGAUUUAUGAUUUUAUACAUUAUUACUUUUUAAAGAAUAUAACAGAAAUGAGAAACAUUUUUGUUAAAAAAUUGUCAUCGCUUUUGAGAUGUUAAAAUGAAAGAGUAAAUGUGUUGUUUAGUAUAUCAAUAUAAAACAUUUAUUGAUAUAAUUUGCGCAAUUAAAUUUUGGAAAUAAAAACUACGUGACAAUU